AGGCUCAGAGCCUGGGAAUGGAGCGGCGAGGAGCGCGUCCAUGAGCGAGGGAAGCAGGCGAGCCGCCGAGGAGGAGAGGCAGCCGGGGGGGGAAACCCAACUCCGUCGCCAGGCAGCGACAGCCCCGGCCAUUGGGCUCUUCCGAGCGGAAAAGAGGCAGCGGCAGCAGCGCCCGCGAGAGAACCAAGUCGCCGGCCGGGAGGAGGCUAAAGGCAGGCGGAUCGGCGGGACCGCUUCCCCGGCGUGCCAAGUUCCCCUCUUGGCUCUUCUCUGCGCUCAAGGAAUGAAAGCGUUCCAGGCAGACCUCCUUCUCCUCGGCUUCUUCCUGUUCAGCCAAGAGCUUGGUCUCCCAAGGAGAGGAUGCUGUCUGGUCUUUGGGUUCAUGUACAAGGAGAAGUAUCGGCGAAUGACUGAAGGUCCAGCAUCUUCCUUCACCCAGCAGCCUCAGGACCAGGUAGUGAUUGCCGGGCAGCCUGUGACCUUGUUGUGUGCAAUCCCGGAAUAUAACGGCAUCGUGCUGUGGAUCAAAGAUGGGCUUGCUCUUGGAGUUGGCCGGGAUCUCUCAAGUUACCCCCGCUACUUGGUUGUGGGGGACCAUUUGUCUGGGGAGCAUCACCUGAAGAUAUUGAGAGCUGAUCUCCAAGAUGACGCUGUGUAUGAGUGCCAGGCCAUUCAGGCAGCCAUCCGUUCCAGACCAGCCCGGCUGACUGUUCUUGUGCCUCCAGAUGAUCCAGUAAUUAUUGGGGGGCCCAUCGUUAGCCUAAGAGCUGGAGAUCCCCUGAAUCUGACCUGCCACGCUGAUAACGCCAAACCAGCAGCAUCCAUCAUUUGGAUGCGGAGAGGAGAAGUAAUCAAUGGAGCAACCUACUCAAAGACGAUCCUCCGCGAUGGCAAGAGAGAGAGCAUCAUGAGCACGCUGUUUGUCUCCCCAUCUGACAUUGAGAACGGCCAGACGAUCGUCUGCAGGGCUACCAACAAGGCCAUUCCCAGCGGGAAGGAGACCUCCGUCACCAUUGACAUUCAACAUCCACCUCAUGUCAAUCUGUCAGUUGAACCUCAGCCUGUCUUGGAGGACAACACCGUGAAGUUUCACUGCUCAGCCAAAGCCAACCCAGCUGUCACCCAAUACAGGUGGGCCAAAAAGGGACAUAUUAUCAAAGAAGCAUCAGGGGACUCUUAUGAAGCCAUUGUUGACUACACCUACUUUUUUGAACCCAUCUCCUGUGAGGUGACGAAUGCUUUGGGAAGUACCAACAUCAGCAGGACGGUAGAUGUCUACUUUGGGCCACGAAUGAUGUCAGAGCCACAGUCCCUCCUUGUCGACCUUGGAUCAGAUGCCGUGUUUAACUGUGCCUGGAUUGGAAAUCCAUCUCUGACCAUCGUCUGGAUGAAGCGAGGCUCGGGUGUGGUCCUGAGCAAUGAGAAUACGUUAACUCUCAAAAACGUCCGGCAAGAGGAUGCUGGGAAAUACGUGUGCCGAGCAGUUGUGCCCCGUGUGGGUGCCGGAGAGCGGGAAGUGUCCCUGACUGUCAAUGGGCCACCGAUAAUCUCCAGCACGCAGACUCAGCACGCUCUUCAUGGGGAAAAGGGCCAGAUCAAAUGCUUUAUCCGCAGCACUCCUCCACCCGACCGAAUUGCCUGGUCCUGGAAGGAGAAUGUCUUGGAGUCAGGUACUUCAGGGCGAUACACGGUGGAGACCGUCAGCACAGAUGAAGGUGUGAUCUCCACGUUAACCAUCAGCAACAUUGUGCGGGCCGACUUCCAGACCAUUUACAACUGCACUGCCUGGAACAGCUUUGGUUCAGAUACGGAGAUCAUACGUCUGAAAGAACAAGGUACGGAAAUGAAAUCAGGAGCUGGUAUGGAAGCAGAGUCAGUGCCAAUGGCAGUCAUCAUAGGCGUAGCGGUCGGAGCUGGCGUGGCCUUCUUGGUCCUGAUGGCCACCAUCGUGGCCUUCUGCUGUGCUCGUUCACAGAGAAAUCUGAAAGGUGUGGUUUCAGCCAAGAACGAUAUCCGCGUUGAGAUUGUUCACAAGGAGUCUGCCUCGGGCAGAGAAACCGAGGAACACCCAACGAUCAAGCAACUGAUGAUGGACAGGAGCGAGUUCCAGCAGGAUUCGGUCCUCAAGCAGCUGGAGGUGCUCAAGGAGGAAGAGAAGGAGUUCCAGAAUUUGAAGGACCCUACUAACGGUUACUACAGCGUGAACACCUUCAAGGACCACCAUUCCACUCCCACCAUCUCCCUCUCAGGCUGCCAGCCGGACCUGAGACCCGCCAACAAGCAGCGUGUGCCGACGGGGAUGUCCUUCACCAACAUCUACACCACUCUGAGUGGGCAGAACCGCCUCUACGACUACAGCCAACGCUUCGUCCUGGGCAUGGGGAGCAGCUCCAUCGAGCUAUGCGAGCGGGAGUUCCAGCGGGGUUCCAUGAGCGACAGCAGCUCCUUCCUGGACACGCAGUGCGACAGCAGCGUCAGCAGCAGUGGCAAGCAGGACGGCUACGUACAGUUCGACAAGGCCAGCAAAGCCUCAGCCUCCUCCUCCCACCAUUCCCAGUCCUCCUCUCAAAACUCAGACCCCAGCAGGCCCCUGCAGAGGAGAAUGCAGACCCAUGUGUGAAAUGGGUGGGAUGGAACUGGAAAUGGAGGAGCCAGGGAGGGAAAGGUGGGAGGACAGAGCAGACCGACAGACAGAGGGUUGAGUCACCCCUUGGCCUAAAGCCCGACUCGGCCGCCGGCUGAAGCUGGCACGUUCUGGGUGGGGCGGAGGUUGUGCUGUGGUUUUCUUUUUGCGGUCUAGUGAUUUUUAAUUCCUCAAAGCACUUUUUUUUUUUUGGUCCCUCUUUAAAAACAAACAAAAAACUGCAGCCAAUGCGAGGUGAAGGGAAUCCGAGUGAGCUUGUGUGACAAAACCAUCUGCACAAGAGAUGUGUCCCUUCCUUUCUUCCUAGACCUGUCAGUCCCACCCCUGCCAUUUCAAACAGGUGGGGAGAAGGAAGAAGAAACAACAGAGGAUGGCGUGAACCUACGGCAGCUGAACCCAAACUAAUCUUAAGCACAAAGUCUGUUUCCUUCCUGUAGCAGACCGGGCUUAGGGGAAAGGGCCCACCGGAGGCCAUGAUGGACAACUUUGUUGGGAACUAUAGGUCAAAACAGAUAACUUCCACACACUUCAGUGGUAACUUUGUCAUAGGUGUGAUAAUGGUCUUUUCUUUCAGUAAAAGGCUAAGCCUUCCACAAAUCCUAAACUCAAGUCCAAAGGAGUACAGAUUUCCUAGUGGGACUGUAGAAAAACCAGUCUUUUUGCUUUCAUCCCAUGCAAGAUGACCUGCCUGGCCACAGGAUUGUCGUGAGACGGCACACGGUCUUCCUGUUGGCCAGCAAUUUUGUAUUCCUAGUUCUUCUGGUGAGGAGCUCUCCUCCUUCCACUUCGUGAGGAGACACACACGCUACCUUCUCCUUGAGAUCACUGUUCAAUUUCCCCUUCAUCAGUUGCUUCGUGAAGGCAGGAUGGCCAACGCUCCCCACACCUCUCCACUUUCCAUGUGACAUCACUUCCUGACUGCGGCGGACAUUUUGGAAAGCUUUUGAGCUCUUGAGCUAAACCAACCGCCUUUCUUGGCUCUAAGCUCCCCUUGGGAAACCAGCAAGCGCAAGAUGGCAUUUCCUCAAGCAAUCUCACAAGCGGCGGAGGGGCUUAAUUUGAGGAGGUUUGGUGGGCAGGGGAGAUGGUCAUUGAUGUACACGGACUGCUAAAUUCUGGUCUUUUUUAUUUCUCUUUGGUUUGGUGUUUAGUGUUCAUAAUAUUACAGUGUGUCUUUGGACUCAAAACAAAACAGAGUUGAGAACUUUUAAGAAGCGUUGUCAGCUGAGCAAACACACACACCAGGGACACUCUGGUUCGGCAUGGUCGCAGAGGAACUCUUGGGUGGCUGGAGGAGUGAAUUCAUCCCCUGAGCAAUGUAUGACAAUCACAGAAAGAUCCUCCCAGAGGGGGUGAUGCCGAGUGAACGUGGAGCAUUUUCUUAUUGCUGCUUGUGUAUUUCCUGGGCCCCCCUUCCUCUUCCCCCACCCCCGAUAGCACAACUGGAAGAUUAAUACAAGAGUUGUUACAA